AUGUACAACGCAAAGAAAUUAAUUGAUGCUAAUGACAUUGAUAAGACUUCAUACCUUCUCGAUAACAAUAUCUUUGUAGAACCUUAUUUACUAGAUGUUCUCUUACUCGGUGAAGAACAAAUGAGAAAGAAUCCAUGUAUUGCUGUUCACAGCCUUCAAACAUAG